AUGCUCAUCAAGAAGGUAUGUUUGAACUCUUGCAAAACUUCUGCACCCGGUUGGCUGACAUAUCACUCCCAGGCUGUUGCCGUCCGCAAGCACCUCGAGCGCAACCGCAAGGACAAGGACUCCAAGUUCCGCCUGAUUCUCAUCGAGUCCCGUAUCCACCGUCUUGCCCGCUACUACAAGACCGUCGGUGUCCUUCCCCCCACCUGGAAGUACGAGUCCUCGACCGCCUCCACCAUGGUCGCAUAA